CCUGGAAACCGGUGGAAUCUGCACGGAGCUCGAAGCUCCUGGACGAGAAGCCGCUCCGCCAAAGUUCAGCUAAAACACUGGAAAUACACCCGCUUAUACUCCACAUUUUUGCGCAUUAGAGCUCAGCACGCCGGGACUACUCGAGUUUUACCUUUAUUUUGUGUGAAAACGGCACUGGAGCCGCUGCGGAGUGAGAGCGGACUGCUUGGAGUCAGUUACAAAGAACAUUAAGAAGUCAUGACACGGCGGACGCUUUACUUGGAUUUAUUUUUCUGAAAUCCGACAGGAAAAAAGCCACGCGAAGGCAGGAGGCUUCUACAGCCAGAAUAAUUGGAGUAUUGAAGUCUCGGGGCGGAUAUUGGGAGAUUUUCCCCCUGGUUUUAGGCGUUUUUGAGUCGCCCCACUUGGAUCAAAGUUUCUUCCCUCCCCCUCCUCUCCUCGCAGCUAUGGCGGCGGCCAGGUUGCCCGUUGGCUCCGAGCUGAUCCGGAUCAUGUGGCUGCUGGCCGGGCUGCCGGCCCUGCCCGCCUCCGCCCAGCACUACAACAGCGACAGCGGCAUCUCGGUGCCGGAGCACGGCUUCUGCCAGCCCAUCUCCAUCCCCCUGUGCACCGACAUCGCCUACAACCAGACCAUCAUGCCCAACCUGCUGGGCCACACCAACCAGGAGGACGCCGGGCUGGAGGUGCACCAGUUCUACCCGCUGGUGAAGGUGCAGUGCUCUGCGGACCUCAAGUUCUUCCUGUGCUCCAUGUAUGCGCCGGUGUGCACCGUGCUGGAGCAGGCCAUCCCCCCCUGCAGGUCCCUGUGCGAGCGGGCCCGGCAGGGCUGCGAGGCUCUCAUGAACAAGUUCGGCUUCCAGUGGCCGGAGAGACUCCGGUGUGAGGCUUUCCCCGUGCACGGGGCAGGGGAGAUCUGCGUGGGCCAGAACACGUCCGAGCCGGGCGGCCCGGCCUCGUCCUCGUCCCCCUUCGCACCAGAGCCGGUGACUCUGUUACCGAUGCCGGGCCGGUCCGGCCCCCGGCCCCCCCACCACCCCCCGACCCAGCAGUUCUCCUGCCCGCUGCAGCUGGAGGUGCCGUCCUACCUGGCCUACCGCUUCAUGGGGGUCAAGGACUGCGGGGCGCCCUGCGAGCCCAACAAGCCCAGCGGGAUCAUGUACUUCCGCGAGGACGAGGUGAAGUUCGGCCGGCUGUGGGUGGGGAUCUGGUCCAUCCUGUGCUGCGUGAGCACCCUGUUCACGGUGCUCACCUACCUGGUGGACAUGCGGCGGUUCCGCUACCCGGAGCGGCCCAUCAUCUUCCUGUCCGGCUGCUACUUCAUGGUGGCCGUGGCCUACGCGGCCGGUUUUUUCCUGGAGGACAAGGUGGUGUGCGUGGAUAAGUUCAAGGUGGACGGCUACAGGACGGUGGCGCAGGGCACCAAGAAGGAGGGCUGCACCAUCCUCUUCAUGGUGCUGUACUUCUUCGGCAUGGCCAGCUCCAUCUGGUGGGUGAUCCUGUCCCUGACGUGGUUCCUCUCCGCCGGGAUGAAGUGGGGCCACGAGGCCAUCGAGGCCAACUCGCAGUACUUCCACCUGGCGGCCUGGGCCGUGCCCGCCAUCAAGACCAUCACCAUCCUGGCCAUGGGCCAGGUGGACGGGGACGUGCUCACCGGCGUCUGCUUCGUGGGGAUCUUCAACGUGGAUGCGCUAAGGGGGUUCGUGCUGGCGCCGCUGUUCGUCUACCUGUUCAUCGGCACGUCCUUCCUCCUGGCCGGGUUCGUGUCGCUGUUCCGCAUCCGCACCAUCAUGAAGCACGACGGCACCAAGACGGAGAAGCUGGAGAAGCUGAUGGUGAGGAUCGGCGUGUUCAGCGUGCUGUACACGGUGCCGGCCACCAUCGUCAUCGCCUGCUACUUCUACGAGCAGGCGUUCCGGGAGCACUGGGAGCGCACGUGGCACAUGCAGACCUGCAAGCGCCUGGCCGUGCCCUGCCCCAUGCACAACUUCGCCCCCAUGACGCCGGACUUCACCGUGUUCAUGAUCAAGUACCUGAUGACCAUGAUCGUCGGGAUCACCUCCGGGUUCUGGGUCUGGUCCGGGAAAACGCUGCAGUCGUGGCGGCGGUUCUACAAGCGGCUCAGCAACGGAAACCACGGGGAGACGACGGUGUGAAGAAGGUGUGGAGGAUUACAAAGGUACAACACCUCAGAGUUAUGAAUUUUGGAUGCAACACCAUGAAAAUAAGUCCAAUUAGCUUUUAUUUCACUACUUUUUCAUUGUGAUUUUUUUUUUUUUUUUUUUUUUUUGUCUUUCCAGGUUGUGGUAACAAACCACAACCAAACUUAUCUAUAUUCUACAGAAGUUGGAAAAACUUUCCUUUUUUUUCUUUUGUUUUUCUUCAAAUCAUCAGACGACCCACACCCAUGGGGUUUUCAUCCUUGGAGCAUAAACUGGUGUAAAUGCCACUCUUCUCCCUGGACUGUAACACCGAAGUUACUGAUUGCAUAUUAUCAAUUAUAUCCUUAUGUUACAAUUUGAAUGUACUUCCUGUUCACUCCUUGUUGUUGUUGUUUUUUUGUUGUUUGUUUGUUUUUUCAGCUGACGAACUGAACAGACCGAUGUUUCAAGCGGUGUGCCUGUGUUGCGACAAAUAAGUUCAAAGAUUUGAUCCCCACAACAGUCAUUACCGCUGAGGGAUCCCUGAAAUAUACAUGUUACUCUCCUUUUAGUUGAAAACAGGAAAGCUUUAAUACAUGUUAGAGUUUGCAGGGUACAAUCUCAACCGUUUUUAUAGGAGGAAUAACUCAUAACUGACACGUCUAUCUUUAUGUGCCGAGAGCACUGCCCAGAAAUAAAAACACCCCCCCUUUUGCAUUUUUUUAACCCUUUUAGUUUGCUUUUUUUAAUGUUCUGGACUGAUGAAUAUUCGCUCUUGUCUUGAAUGUUCCCUCCGAAGAUGAAUGAAGUUAUGUGCUGGUUUGCACAGUUAAUUAAGUGUAAGAAAAAAAAAGACUGCUAUGCCACUGAUUGACCUGGACCCAGCAUUUUAAGGAACGCGCGCGCACACAACACACACUCUGUAACUGAGACACAACAGCUCAUUGUUGGUCUCUGUGUGUGGUCUCUCAACUGUUGGAUUCCCCAUCAAAAAGGCUUUUUUUUUUUCCUUUAAAAAAAAAAAGACUUUAAGACACCCAAAGCACCGUUUCAGUGAUCCAGAUUUAAUCCGUGGGAAUACAAAUGGUUUUCCUGGAGCUCUAAUGUCUUUUUUUAUCUUGGCUAAUGAUGACCGAAUAUGUUAACGCCCGUAUUCUGCUCAGUGUAACUCAGUUCUCCUUAUUCUUUAUUUCAGAUGAAGUGUUAUAUAGUUCCCACAAGCAGACUGAACAUUUUGGAGAUUUUAAGUUGUUUUUGCAUCUGUGCUACUUUACAAAAAGUCUAAAACACAGAAACUGCAUGUAUUUUCUCUGUGUGUGGACUUGAACGUUCAAUGUUCUGUUUUAGUGAAAUGUCACGAAAGAGGUCAAAGAUCACAGCCAUGCAGAAAUAUGUUCAUCUGGAGAAUGCAGCACAGAAAGGCUUAGCAGUGUUGAGAUGUUGUUAUCUGGGCCCAAACCCCAUCAGUACAUGAGAAUUUAAACAUUGUAUAGAUGAAAUGUGACAUUGCAUCGGCUCAACCAGUUGACCGGACCGUGAGGACAAAAAAAAGACAUGCAGGAGAAGAAAAGCGUUAAUUUAAUACUCUUAUAACCCAACACUAUUACGAGAACGAGGACAUCAGCUUACUUUAUGUGGUAGAUUUGGAGCUUGUUUUGAAAAGCUUUUGAGAGAGGUAACUAAACAUAGAAAGCUUCAUUUAAUAACGCCUCAUGGGUAAAAGUUUCAUCGUUAGCAGAAAUAGUCAUAGAAGUCCACUUUUUGCUUGCAGCAUGCUGGUCAUUUGAUAUGCGUGAGUUCCCCACUCAGACUAAAUAAAAUUGGUAGAAGGGUUUGUGGAGAAGCAGUCAUGUGUAAGGCAGCAUAUGACUGCCAGAACCCUCUCUUUCUUGUCAGACAGCACAUUUUCUCUGCAAGAGUCACUUAUUGGUAAUGAAUGGGAGCACUCUGCAACGGUGAGGGACAGCUCACAACGUCAUGACCUUCUAUAGAAUUGGAAUUCUAGUUGCUUGAAUUUUUAUUUUAUUUCAUUUUAGCUGUGUCCUGAAUCCAUAUAUAUUAACACUAAAAUAUGCUUACUUUGUACCGAUUUUCUUCACUCAUAGAUGCAGUUUGUAUAUAAUGCAGUGCCAUUUUUCCCAUGUGAAUGUACCACGUACCUCAAACUGGCAAAAUUCUGUUGACUGGAUUGAGUUAGGAAGCAAGUCAACAAUUCACUGUCAUUACAUUUUUACCAAACAAGGCAAAGUAAUUCUGUUACUGUCUUGAGACAGCUGAGAACUGCCAGUGUCACUGAUACCAGACUGACUUGUUUGUAUUGUGCUGUUUUCAGAAGUAAAAUGAGUGUUUUUAUGUGUUUUUUUUUUCAGAACACGUGCAAACCAGCAAGUAAACACAGACUGAUUUUUAAAGGCAUAUUGUAUUUAUAUGGGGUACUCAUUUUUAUCUCUCUUUUUUUAAUUAAAUGAGACAAGCCCAUUGUAAGUGUACAUUUUGAAUAAAAGUGAUAAAGUUUGUAA